AUGUCUCCGACCACGACAGGGACCACCACCGGCAUCACGGCCGAGACGAUGCUCCGGUUGUUCCCCGACAUCGACACCAGCUCCGAGGCGCUCUCUGGCCACGAUGAGGAGCAGAUCCGCUUGAUGGACGAGGUGUGCAUCGUCACCGAUGAGAACGAUGCGCCUAUCGGCAAGGCUAGCAAGAAGAUCUGCCACCUCAUGUCCAACAUUGACAAGGGCCUCCUUCACCGCGCCUUUUCCGUCUUCCUCUUCAACGAUAAGAACGAGCUCCUCCUCCAGCAGCGCGCCUCCGAGAAGAUCACAUUCCCCGACAUGUGGACCAACACCUGCUGCUCGCAUCCCCUCAGCGUCCCCAGCGAGACGGGCGCCAACCUCGAGGACGCCAUCGAGGGCGCGAAGCGUGCCGCGCAACGGAAGCUCGACCACGAGCUGGGCAUCAAGGCCGAGCAGGUCCCCGUCGACAAGUUUAAGUUCCUCACCAGGAUCCACUACAAGGCGCCCAGCGACGGCAAGUGGGGAGAGCACGAGAUCGACUACAUCCUCUUCAUCAAGGCCAACGUCGACCUGGCGCCCAGCCCGAACGAGGUGCAGGCCACGCAAUACGUCUCCCCCGAAGUGCUGAGGAAGCAGUUUGAGGACCCCUCGCUCAAGUUUACGCCGUGGUUCAAGCUGAUCUGCAACUCGAUGCUGUUUGAGUGGUGGGAGCAUCUCGAUGAGGGGCUUGAGAAGUACAUGGGCGAGAAGGAGAUCCGUCGCAUGUUGUAG